AUGGAGGAUAAGGAAGCAACAGCAGAAUGUCGGAAAACCAGUUCGACACAACCCGGCUACCGUAAGCGUGUUAUGCGCCGAGUUAAUGAGGAGUCUCAUACUCAAGAACCAGUAGCCAGGUUAGCUGGUGAAUACACUAAUUUAUUUCAAUCACUUGUCUUUAAUGCCAGCAAUGAACAUUUUGCAGUUGAAGAGUUUUUCAUGUAUAGAGGCUCCAAAAAUUGGGCUAAGAACGUGGUAACAGAUAGCAGCAACUUUCAGUUUUUUCUGAAUGACAAACAUGACUUGCAUAUUACCGCUAAUCUAGAUAAUUGA